AUGAACCCUCGGGACGUGAGCUUCAAUGCGCACGAACAGCUCGAGAUACUGGCCGAGAUCAUCAAGUCCAGCAAUAUCCACCCAGACGUGCUUGUCCAGUUCAUACGACAACAAGGCAUCAAUCCCGUUUGGGGCGAUGUGGCGCCUCCAAGGGGACGAACUCCCAAUCAAUGUAUCAUGUGGUUCAACAGUAUCGUGAGCCAACCUGGAUCAUUCGGGCCUGCUUCUGGUCAUAACAGAUCUCAAAGUCUUCAGGGACCCGUCCCGUCAUCUUCUCUGAAACGUCCGUUCAGCCCUGAUCAGCCUCCCUUUGCAGGUGGCCGUCUGCUUGUACCCAAGCCACCCAUGUCUACUAUUGGAACUCUGCUCAAUCGACCACCUGAGCCGCCAAAGAAGAAGCGUGGUAGACCUAGCAAUGCAGAGAAGGCCGCUAGAACUCAACAAGAAUUUGCUCAUGGACAGCUGUUACCGCCUCCCAGACAUGCACCUGCGAUCGCAAGUAGUAGUGGAUGCAAUACUACCGCACUGAGCCCGCUGUCCGUUGCGACGCAGGCUGCUCAAGUUGCCAUGUCUCCGCAGAGUCGCGAUCAACCAGUCGGUGCAGGAGGAUCCGACACUUCGUCUAGCAAGAAGAAGCGAGGUCGUCCGUCCAACAUUGAAAAGGAGACGCGUCGAUUCGAGCAAGAACACAACAAACCUCAAGAGAUUGCUCCUGGUCCGAGUCGCGUUGGUCCAUCACGAUAUCCGAACAUACUCUCUCCUGACGAGGAUCCAGUACAGAGUGGCGCUAGACGACGAGAGGGCUCACCACGAAACGAUCCAGCAACAUAUCGAUAG